AGCGUCAACAGUAGGAUACAAACCGAGGAUAAAACUGCGCGGCCCCAGAACACUUUUACUCUCUGACGCUUUCUACAUAAGUUUCAGAAUUUUAUUUUACUUUUUUUAUUUUUAUUUUUAAAGAUUCGGGAUGCCUUUUCUGGGACAGGACUGGAGGUCACCGGGUCAAAACUGGGUCAAAACCGAAGAUGGUUGGAAGAAGACAACUUUAGAGGAGAACAAUAAAGUCUCGAUGGAGAGCUUCUGUAAAGUCAAAGAGGAGGAGUGUUUCAACAAGGAGAACCUGCUGAUCUCUCUUGGUUAUGAAAUGUCUGCAAAGAAGAGGAGAAAAGACUUGAUGAACAAUAACACCAAAGCACCUUAUUUCCACAGGGAAAAGUGGAUUUAUGUUCACAAGGGAAGCACCAAAGAGCGCCAUGGAUAUUGUACGCUGGGAGAGGCCUUCAACCGCUUGGAUUUCUGCAGCGCCAUCAAGGACACCAGAAGAUUUAAUUACGUUGUCAGGCUUCUGGAGCUUAUCGCCAAGUCCCAGCUCCCCUCGCUCAGUGGAGUGGCACAGAAAAACUACAUGAAUAUUCUGGAGAGGGUUGUUCAAAAAGUCCUGGAUGACCAGCAGAACGUCCGUCCCAUCAAAGAGCUGCUGCAGACGCUCUAUGUCUCGCUGUGUGGUCUGGUUCAGGACAUGGGCAAGUCUGUCCUGGUGGGAAACAUCAACAUGUGGGUGUACCGCAUGGAGAACAUCCUGCAAUGGCAGCAGCAGCUGGACAACAUCCAGAUAAACAGGCCCACAUGCACAGGCAUGACUCUGACUGACCUGCCUGCCAGUCUGCAGCUCAGCAUUAUGGAUCGUCUGUCAGAUGGCAGAGACCUGGUGAGCCUGGGCCAAGUGUGUCCAGAACUGGGAGUCCUCACAGAAGACCGGCUGCUGUGGAAGAAACUCUGCCAUUACCACUUCACAGAUCGGCAGAUUCGCAGACGUUUGAUGGUGUCGGAUAAAGGCCACCUGGAGUGGAAAAAAAUGUACUUCAAGCUGAGCCGCUGCUAUCCUCACAGAGAGCAGUACAGCGACACCCUGCACUUCUGCACACACUGCCACAUCCUUUUCUGGAAGGAUCAUCCCUGCACAGCCAACAACCCAGAAAACUGCACCAUGUCCCUCUCCCCUCAAGAUUUCAUCAAUCUGUUCAACUUCUGAUCCCAUCAAUCCCUUCUCAACCCAAACAAACCCCAAAUGAACUGACACGUUGUACAUAGUGUACAGGAUUUGUUUUGUAUCAGAAUGGUAUUUAAUUGUGAUGGGACACAGGCGGCAGGACAACGUUGCAAUUUAUUAUUAUUAUUAUAAUUUUAUUUGGGGGGAGAGAACAGAAGCUUCUGUGAAGGUUCAUUGUUGAAUGUGAGUGUGAUGAAGAACCAUAUUAUGUUUUUGGGAGAAAAAGGGAGAGCAGCAGAAAGUGAAUUCUCAGUAUUUGGAGUUCAGUCUUGAAUUAAUGUAGUUUCUGAAGUUGUUUGUUUAGAUUCCCUAUUAACAAUUUUUUAUUUUAUUUCAAACCUUAGUUUUAAGUAGGAAAAAGGGGACAUUUAUUAUCUUUUUCUUUUAUUGAAAUUAGUAGUUAAUAGUUCUAAUAUGAGGCCUACAAAUACAGGGCGGUGCAAUUUAUUUAAUGUUUAUAUAUUGUCAGCAGUUGGAAUACAGAAUAGAAGUUCAGAGUAGCAAAUGAGAAAUUAAUAAGAGUAUUUUGUCUGUUUUCACACAUUUGUUUUUCACUUUUUUUAAAAAAUGGAAUUGAUAUUGCUUUUUGUGUUGUUUUUGUUUGGGUGUUACAGCAGCAGCACUGCAGUAAAACAUUACCAAAGAUUAUUUGUCAUAAUGUAUGGAACUAUGCACACUUUUUCAGAUCCUGAUGCCUUUUUUAAAAUUUUUUAUUUUACUUGUGACAGGUUACCUUUGGAAGCCUUCCUCUCUCGUUUCGUGCAACCAGCCAGCUAAAUGUUUUUACUUAUUUAUCGAGCCUUUGCACUCUAGGUUUUGAGGAAGUGCACUUUUAUUUGUAUUCUUUUUAAAGAUCCAGUUUACAGCCAAACCUGCCUUAGACACUGCUCAGACACCCAGGAAUGGUCUACAUGCUAUGCAGUACAGUUUCUUUCUGUUGAAUAAAUAAAAUUAAACCUUGAUGUUGUCUUUAA